AUGAACAAGCCAAUGAAAACCGUCCACGAGGAUCUCCGGAGUGUAGAGCAAAUGGUUUCCUCGGGCGUAUCACAAGCCGACAUCGAUAUUGAAGUAGCAGCGCUGCGAAAGGAACGCAAGGAACUACUAAGCAAAUUAAAGACGUUGGCCCUUCGCAUUUGCGACCUACAUUCCCAGCGGAACGAACUCGCCUACAUCUCCCAGUUUCCGAACGAACUCCUGCAAAAGGUUUUUCUCCUCCUGCGGGGUGCGCAACCUAGCAACGCUGGUUACCACCAGGUUAUCCGGCUCACCCACGUCUGCCGGCUCUGGAGGCAAGUGGGGCUGAACCAACCAUAG